CAACAUAAUUUAUCCGAAUGCAAGCGCUGGGGAACGGUGAGCGGUGCCAUUGUUGUUGUCUCUCUCCUUGUUGUCAGUUGGUUAGGGUUUUUCAUUGGCGCAUCAUUUCUGUGUUUUCGUGAGGUAGUUUAGGAAUUAAAGUGUCUUUAAAUUGAAUUUCCCCCCUCCUCUCGAAUCAUUUUUCGUUUUCCAAAAUUUGUUUUCUCGAAGCGCCGAAUUCAAGCCCUCACUUCUUCUCCAAUUCUUUAUAGAGAAACUCUGAGUUACCGAGGUCUGAAUGUAAAGUAAAGACCGGAGCUUCAUGGAAUCGUUUGAUUGAUUUAGUUAAAGAAUUCGAGAAUCAGACCCUCUUCUUUAUUUGGAAAUUUCUCUCUGGCACAGUUGAUUUUGGUUGUGUUUCCGAAAACUCGUUUCCUAUUUCCCUUCUCUUUGAAUUCGAUCUCUAUAUUAUCAGAUAGCUGAUCCAGAGGAAGUUGGAACUCUAAUCUCUCUUCCGAGUCUUCUUGGCGUGAGCGUGAUCAGUUGCCCAGCAACCCGUAAGCUUAGAAUGGAAUUUAUGGAAAUUGAUAAGGAAAGUAAUGGAAGUAUACCAAAGAUAAGGGAAAAUGGUUCCCAUCUAAGGCCAGUUGCACCUGAGGAGUCUGGUGAAGGUUUGCCAUAUGCUCCUGUGGAUUGGCCAAAACCUGGUGACAUUUGGAGUUGGAGAGUAGGAAGACGAGUUGCCUUUAAUGGCCAUUUCUUGGAUAGGUACUUGUACCUUCCACGCCGUCUUGGUCGUCUUGAGAAUACGCCAGGUAAGAAACGUGGAUUUGCAAGCAAGCUUUCAGUUGAACGCUAUAUCCGAUCAAAAUUCCCUGAUGCAAAUGUUGAAGAGUUUUUUGCUUCAUUCAGCUGGAGGAUACCUUCAAAGAUGGCGCCAACAAAUGGUAAUUUAGAGGGGCAAACUUGUUUACCUUUUGAAGAAACGGCUGAAAAUUCUGAGUCUGAUUCCCAGUCUGAUGGUGCAAGAUGUAAGGCUGGAAAUAAGAGGUGCAAUAGUCUCAUGGUACAAGUAGAAAAUCUAUCUAUAGCUGCCAUGCCUUGUGACAUUUGUUGCAGUGAACCUCAUUUCUGCCGUGAUUGUUGUUGUAUUUUGUGUUGCAAGACCAUAAAUGCAAAGUAUGGAGGCUACAGUUACAUAAAAUGUGAGGCUUUUGUCAGUGAGGGUUAUAUGUGUGGCCAUGUUGCUCACAUUGAUUGCGCUCUUCGGACAUACAUGGCUGGGACAGUUGGUGGAAGCAUUGGCCUAGAUGUUGAGUAUUACUGCCGCCGUUGUGAUGCAAAGAAAGAUUUGGUUCCACAUGUCAUGAGUCUUUUGCAAACCUGCAAAUCUGUUGAUUCUUGUGAAGAAGUAGAAAAAAUAUUAACUGUUGGCAUUUGCAUUUUACGUGGGUCCCAGAAAAGCAGAACAAAGGGACUGCUGAACCAAAUUGAAUCAGCCAUUGCAAAGCUUAAAUGCGGGACCAUUCUUGAGGAUAUAUGGAAAGCCAAAGAGGAUGUCUCAGCUAUUUCCACAGGUGUCUCUCCUGAUGUGAUGGUGGAAGUUACUAAUAAUCAAGAAUUAGACACUAUUAUAAAAUUGCCUGAUACUUUAUCUAUGUCUUCUGAUUACCGGGCUGAAGUUCUAAAACUGGAGGAUGAGAUUGAUAAGGCUCUCCAUGAACUACAAAAGUCUCAGGCAUCUGAAUACAAAAUUGCAGAGGAACAACUUUAUGCUCAAAAGGAGUAUCUUCAUAAUCUCUAUCAGCAACUUGAAAGGGAAAGGUCUGAAUGGAUAUGCGGCACGUCCAGUACCAACAAGGAGGUCUUGCUGAAUGCUGUCUUAAACAGGGUGGAUCAGAUAAAACAGGAAGUCGCUAAACUCAAGGAUAUGGAAGAAGUGGCCAAGGGAUUUGGAAGGACCUCCAAGAGGAUCCUGAGGGAACACUUUGGUUUGGAAAUUGAAGAAUAAAUUAAGAACUUUUGUUGAUAUUCAUCAAUUUUUGCCAUGGUUCUGCGAUCGCUGUGACCCAAUUAACUUCACAUCCGCUGAGUGUACAUAUUGCGGCGCGUGUUUGUGGAGUCAUAAGCAUCGGCUUAUACCGAUGGGUUUAGCGGUGCAGGGGAUGACAUCUGUUGUUGUAAGGAUAGUAAUUGGGUAAUUAAGCCAGUGUUAACAGUUUCUACUGGUUAAUGAAGUCCUAUACGUGAGAGCUUAUUGCGCAAUACGCUGUAUUUCCAUGUGCUAUUCAAUUGUGACCAGAAAACGUGUACACUAGUUGAUGGUUUUCUUUGAAUUAAGUGAUCUGCAUUGGAUUA